CUUUUAAAGAGAACAAUACGAGGUUGUCAAGAAGUUAUACUAUUGGCGGGUCUCGGCGAACCCUCCAUAUACUACCUACUUUCACGAAGUACCUCACUAACAAUUUUCACCAACCAUAGUAGAUCACUUAGGAUAUAAAAUGUGGUGCGAGGAAUAGGCUAUGGGAUUCCUUAGCCCAGGAACAAUAGUACGGUAAAUAGGGUUAGCCCAACGCCUCUAUGCCUCUCGUGCCUCUCUGUCUCCUCUCUGUCUCUCCAUUUAUCCCUAGCAAAUGUCUCGGUUUCGAAGUGUUCUACAAACGACGUCAUUACCGUUAUACGGGGCUCGCGGGCGUUGGCUUAAAAAGAAAACUUGAGGAACUUGGCAGAGAUGAUGAAACAGGGUCCGGUUUCUGUGCGCGUGGGUACCAGGCGACAAUCGCAAUUCGCACACCCCGAAUCCAUUUGGUCCAUUCUUGGUUCCCCUGAAGAUCCAUUCUAGUUGUAAAGGAAAAAAAGAAAUAAAAAACUCCGGGGUCUAUUUGGUUCCAUUGGCUGUAUUAGGCACACCCCUGCCUCAGGGGUUACCCCCUUAUUAUUUCUCGUCAAUCUUGACAAUUGGAUCUUAAACAAUCUAAAAAAUGGCUCGGCUUCGAGACGGCGUCAAAUGAUAAAAAUCAAAAUGGAUUUAAUGCAGAAGUAGUGCAUAGUGUCAAAGUAGUAGCUGCAUUAGCCACUCUCUUGCAUAUCACCAGC